AAUAAUUUUUCGCCACGCAGACGUGCUCCCAAUCUUCAUCCAUUAUUUUUUCUCUGCAAAAACUCAACUUGUUGCCUUCUUAACUUCCCCUUCCAUAUCCUUCAAAGUCCAUCCAUGUCCUCCCAAUCCGUACAACAGGAGUGAUGAAGAAGAAGAUCAAGCAAUUGGAGAUCAAGGAUGAACCUGCUGACAACACUAACAUCAUCCAGUUAGAGAUAAUAAACCGUCCUAAUGGAGGAAAUAACGGAGGCAGCGGAAGCUGGGGAUCCACACUCUUCGAACCGCAGCGUGAGCUCAGCGACCAGACGCCCUCUGGCCGCAGCCGCAGCAUACCCCAACCAUCUUCCCUCGAUGCGCCGGAAAAGAAACUCACCCUCUUCGCCUUGCGCCUCGCCAUCAUCGAAAAAAGCGCCAGCGGUCUCGGUCAACUAGCCUUUAUCUGGGCCACUGUCGUCCUCCUCGGUGGCUUCGCCUCUGCUCUAAAACCCAAAGACUUCUGGUUCGUCACCAUAAUUCUCGUCGUCGAAGGCGCCCGCCUCUUCAGCCGUAGCCGUGAGCUCGAAUGGCAACAUCAGUCAACGCGCACACUCCCGGCAGCUACCUCCCGCCGCCGCGUCAAAUCGCAUCUCUCCAUCCCUCGCCGCAUGGUUCACGCUGUUACGCGACCCUUAUCCUUUGCUUCUCGGCCAAGCCGCCGCCUUGCUUGUAACUUGCAGCAGCUCAAUGGACUAGCGGCCUUAUCGCAGCCGAAGCGAACUUGGCUCCCCGCAGACGUCCCCCUUCUCCCUUACUCCGGCUGGGUUUUUGUGUCGAAGAACAUCAGCCGUUUGCUCUACUGGCUGCAAGUCCUUGCUGCAGUGGCCUGCGUAGCUCUUUCGUUGAUGCGUUUAGGACAGCAGGACUACGGAGAAGAUGCAGAGAUUAAUGAAAAGUCGGCCCUCAAUGUCUUCUACGGUCUUGCGCUUGCAGAGGCCCUCAUGUUUCUGUUGGAAAAGGGCUACUGGACAUGGAAAAUUGAACAGGGGAAAUUGGUCGAACGGGUGAGCGAGGAGUGCGAGCUUGGUCCGAUUGGUUUGGUUUCUCUCCGCCGAUUCUUCUACGACGCAUACUCCAAAUGCAUCGACGGCAGCAUCUUCGAUGGAUUGAAGAUGGAUCUCGUCUCCUACGCCGAGGAGCUCCUCGAUUCCGACUCCCCCGAUGAACAGAUCAUCGGCGCAAGGAUCCUCCAACGAUUCGUCGAGAACAAGCGGUUUGCCGGCGACACCCUCCGCAAAAUCGGAAGCUCCACUUCAGUGAUCGAGCGACUGAUUGAGAUGCUCAACUGGAAGGAUCCUUCUGAAGAAGAUAUACGACGCGCAGCGUGCGAGAUCGUCUCGAAGCUUGCUUCGAGAAAGCAGAACGCGCUGCGUGUGGCGGCGAUUCCGGGGGCGAUGGAGUCGAUCGCGUCACUGUUGCACACCGGCGGAGGGACGACGGAUGGGAGACCCUACGAGGCGUCGCCGAGAGCGGUCGUGGUCGACAAAGAGGACUAUGAAUACUCCGCCUUUAAUAUGCUCGGGCUUUUAAUUCUGAAGCGCCUUGCAAGGGAUCACGAGAACUGUUGGAAGAUCGGGAAUGCGCGGGGUUUGCUUGCACGGAUUAUUGAUCUGACGAGCUCCGGCGCCGCGUUGCUGCGCAAUGACCGUGCGCCGGAGUCGAGGAUAAAGACUGUGCGUCGUGCAUUGCAGGUGGUGAAGAUUUUAGUUUCUACUACGGGGGCGACGGGGAAGACGCUGCGAAGAGAUAUAUCAGAGAUCGUGUAUCUGUUGAGUUACAUACGGGAAUUGCUGCAGUACGGGGAGAGCCAUCUGAAGCUGCAGGUCCUGGGAGUGGAGAUUCUGACGAGCUUGGGGAUGAAUGAGGAGGCGAGGGAGAAGAUUGGGGCGACAGGGAGCAUGAUGCGUUUAAUUCUUAACGUGUUUUUCAGGCCAAUGGUGACGGAGGAGGUAGGGACUGUGUGCAAUGAGGCGGGGGAGGCAUUGGCGAUGCUGAUACUUGACAGCAGGAGGAACUGCGAGAGGAUGCUGAGGGAAGAUGGUGAUGUGGUUAGAAGGCUGGUUCGUGCGCUCGGCAAUCCUGCGUUAAGACUGAAUGCUGCGAGGAUUCUGAGAGGGCUAUGCGCUUACUCUGCUCCGGAGCGAUUAUCUAGACUCCAGAUGGUUGCAGAAGCGAUGCCCAUGGUGUUGAAGACGAUAAUGGAGGAGAAGGAGAAGGAAAAAGAGAAGCUUUUGGAGGUGUCAGUUGGGCUCGCAGAACAAAUACUUAAUUUUAGGAAUCUGCAAGUUAGUGGGAACGAAAUUGAAAAGGCUGGAAUCAAAGAUGAAGACUUUGUGGGAAAGCUUGUGGAGAUACUGAGGAGAUAUGAGAGUCCGGAGAGCAAGGUUCCGAGAAUGAGGAGAUUUGUGAUCGGACUCGCCAUUACUCUGAUGAAGCAUGAACGCAAGUACAUUGAAUUGUUUAGGGAUUUGGGAAUGGAGCAAGUUUUAGUGCAGACUGCUGAAACUACGUCUGAGUUGGAGUGUUUUAAUGUCUUCUCGGGGAGUCAGGGAUUGGGCCGUCAUGAGGUAAUGAUGUCCUCUUUGGUGGACACGGCACUUGAGCUCUUGGGUGGAGACUCAGAUUCGGGCUGAGCAAACUGGUGGAUACAAUUGAGUGCAAUUUAGAUUUUGAUUAGAGUUCUGAUGCAAAAUUGUAUCAAAAUUCGUGAUGCACGUCAAAGCUCUUUUGAUGUGAUGUUUGCCAAAUGGAGUGAUU